CGGGGAAAAGGCGACCGACCUCAGACAGCCGCUGCCAAGAAGAUGCCGCCAACGAUAACCAGCAGUGGGAGGACCCCGCCAAUGGCGAUGUACACAGAGGUGCCCGCCCUCUUGUACUUUCGCCACAUAGCAGCUGCCUUGUCGUCGCCCUCCGCUGUGCUCUGGUCGAUAAGGAAGCUGUGCGACGCCCAGCAGUCGCAGCUUGUGUCACCUCCCACGCACUCCUGGAGCUCCUGCGGUUCCUUCCACACAGGCGACCCUUCGAUAACAUGCGGUCUGCAUCGAACGGCGCUGCCCUCGCCGACGAUCUCCAUCGACAGCCGGUAGUACCGCAGCCCAUAGCGCUGCGCCACCUCAGCAUGUCCGUCUUGCAGAAAGACUCGCUGGUGGGAUUCUCGCCAGCCCGGGAGGGAGAGGGGCACAAGAAUCGCGAACAGGACAAAGAAUGCAGUAUACCCACACGUGGCCACGCGGAGCUGCUCGUCAACAUCCACUGACCUCGACACCAUCCUCCCAGCAGAAUUCAAUGACAGACCCAACAAUGAAUGUAUUCAGAGGCAAACAUCCGUCCUCUUCACCUUUGCUUGUCUGUCUGCUUCGGUUACUCUGCUUUGGUGUUUU